CAAACUAUGAGUAAAUCUUAACCUAUCAACCAUAUUAAUACGAAUAUGGUACUCGAGUCAUGAAACGUCCUGAGUAUAUGAAAUGUGAAUGUGAUAAAGAGUCAAAGAUUGACUUCAUUUUGAUGGCAUGACGAUGGAAAUGCAUGAAUGGUAGAUGAAAUAUGGAAAGACAUUUUGUUGGGUUGAUAUUGUGUAUGCCUCUGCAAAUUUAUAUUGUGCCUCUGCAACUGAUGUUUUGUAAAAUUAGCAAGGUUAUGUGAUUUAAUGAUAAAAAUGGUUGAAUGAUCAUUAAGUGGGAUGAAAUUAUCAUAUGUGUGGUUUUGUGAUAAAUUAUUAAUGUGAUGGCGUGACUUAGGUGACGGUGUACUAUUAUUGAAUACAUAAUGUAUUGUCAUGCUUGUAUGGAAUGUUAUGAGAUGAUGUUUUGAUGUCUGUGAUUGAGAUUGUGAGGUUUGAAUGGGCUUUACGAUAUGUUUUUGUCAUGACAUAGCAUCGGAUGGCCUAUAUUGCGAUGAUGUGACAUUGGAUGGUAUUGGCUAGCUAGAAAGGUGACCAUAUGGUAUUGGAAAGCCAAAAAGGCAAUUAAUUGGUAUCGGAUAGCCGUAAAGGCGAAAUUAUGUAAAUGAUUGGUUGAUUUAUUGUUUGAGAUUAAGUAUUAAGGGCUUGUAUGUGUGUAAUAUGAUUGUGUGACUAACAACAGAAGAAUUGCUUGAUCACCUAAAUCAAACAUAAUGGUGCCUUGUCAUGCACUCUCUCUAUAUAUAUUAGAUUAAUGGCUAUAAGCCUAGCUCUCUUGGAGAGCGAUACCAGGCCUAGUUGUUUGCGAUGUUAAUGCAUCUAUUGGGAGGUGCUUUAUGCAUCUAUUGACAGUGCCUAAGGCAUCUAUUGGGCAGUGCUUUACGCAUCUAUUGUCGGUGCUUCACGCAUCAAUUGGCGAUGCUUUACGCAUCUACUGGUUCUACCUGGGGGAGUGCAUGACCUGGAAAAAUAAAGGCUAAAAGACAUGUAGUCUAGUUAACUUCAAUGUGUGUAUAUGUGUGUAUGUAUGCAUAAUCGAUCACUGGACUAUGUAUGGUUUUAUGAGUGGAAUGCAAUGACCAUGUGAAUGAGAUAAUGUGAAUCUUGGGGAAAUAGAGAUAAGAAAGGGGGUUUUGACUUCACUCAGUUAUCGUGUUUGUGUUGAUAUCAUCGGUAGGUUAGUUUUUACUCAUUGAGUGACGUCUCACCCCGUCAAAAUUGUUUCCCAGGUUAGAAGUUUUGGGCUAGAAGUCAAGGGAACUCAGCAAGACUUAGCUCAACAUCCAUGAGGUGGGAUGGUGGACUCCGACUCCGACUCCGACAUGACUUGUUUAUAGUAUUUUGAGAGAAGAUGAUCUUCUCUAUUGUCCUGUACUCUGAAUUUUCAAAAGCUUAGGUAAAUUAUGGUUUGGUUUGUAAACUAAACGGGUUUGUGAAAGAUUUUAACCGGUAUGAUCUGGUGAUCUUGUGAAUAUUUUAAAGUUUGUAUGGGUGUUACAACAUCGACAGGCUAACGAUUUGACUCCGUCCCGCCAAGUAAUGUUGUGCCCAUUUGAAAAAAUAAGGAGUAACGAAUGUAGAAUCUAGUUCAUCCAACAGUACCUCCGCCCACUGAUGUCGCUAAAAGUGCAUGCAAAGAUAAUACAGAAAGUGAAUAGUGAUUCAGAUCUCAAAUUAAUCAUCUAGCAAUUAUACACAAAAUCAGCAAAUUAACAUGCAAUAUAUUUUUAUGGUUGUUUGAAUUGGUUUUCCCCUCGAUGUUUCAUCCCGAAUUAACUUAAUUAAAUAACAAGUUUAUAGAUGAAUUUCAUCCCAUCGUAAUUUGUAACAUGAAUCCAUGUAUUUUCAUACCAAUAAAUUCAUUCAGCUUCCAAUUAUUAAUCUCGAUUUUCACGUCAUAUUAAAUAAUUGAAAGUUUAUCGAUGAAGACCCAAAUUACAUUCAAGAUGGACCACACAAAUUAAUCCCGAUUUCUCAUGAAAUUUACCUGAAUGAUUCUUGUGUUUGACGAUCAAGGAGCCGAAGUGCUAUCUUUAGACGACUUUGUCUUCCAACAAUUUUCUAAAUGGAGGGUCUCUCCUCCAUUAAGAAACAAGAUAAACGAACACAAAAGAUUUUAAUUUAUCAAAAAUUCGUUAGUUAAAUCGUUUUAAAAGAGUUGGGAUCUUUAAUUUUAUCGAGGAUUCCACCUUUUCAAACAACGCGUUUUUGGUUCUUUAUUAAUUGGACGAAAGGGCGGAAGGACUUAGUUAACUUAAGUGAGCUAACUAAUCGUCUAAACCAGACUCCACUCCGAAAAUAUAAAUAUGAGGAUACAGAAAGAUUUAGCUAAUUCAAGUGAGCUAACUAAUCGAAGGCUACUUGUGCCAUCUUCCCAGUCGAAGGCUGCUUGCCGCCAGCUACCCCAACUGUUAGCUUAAUGAUUCAGGUCCAAGCUCGGUUGUGCUUGUUUUGAUACAUUUCAGGUCCUAGCACGUGUGGAAGGGUCAAGGACGAGUUCGGGAUGAUUGGAGGUCAAAAAGCACAAAAAAUGAAGAAAAGUCCAAAGACCAUGACAAUUUCCCCGUAACAGUGAAGCGCAGGCGUCCAGGAACCAGCCGCAGUUCACGGUCAGAGCUGCGAGUUCACGAUCUCCAGGAUCAUGAACUGGAACCAGAAACCGUGAACAUCAAGGCGUCCAGGGGGGUUCCAGAGGUUACUGGCGAUAAGUCACAAACCGUGAACCUCGGGAAGUGAAGCGGUGCGUUUUGGCCACGACACUGAGUUCACGGACGCGUUUAGGUGUUCACGGCCGUGAACUGGGUGCGAUCUCAGUAUAAAUGGAGAGCUGAAAGAAAGAAGAAGGGAGCUUCAUUUUAGGGUAGGUUUCCAUUUUUCAGAGUAAAGAGGAUUCUAGUGAGAGGUUAGGAUUUCUUCUAGAGUGAGAAAGUGCAAAUCAAAGGAGGAAGAAGGAGCUUUGGGCUUGUUUCUAGCUAGAGGAUUGAAGAUUUCUUCAUCUCAAGGGUGUCUCAAGCAACAAGGAGGAAAGAUUGGCAUCACUUCAUGGUUCUUUCUUCCCCUUUUGUUGUUUUCUCUUCUCUAGCUAUGAAAUAGCUUACCUACUCACUUGGGUAUUGUGAAUCCUAGUCUCUCUAUGUGUUAGGAUGUAAGAACAUGAACCUAUUCUGUUGAUUGAGUGUUUUAUAUGAAGUUUGAGGUAUUAUUCAUGAAUGAUUGAGUGUGCUAGCUUUAACUCAAUAUUGGGUAAAAUUGACCUAGAGGGUGGAAAUCCCCUUUUGGUCCAAUAGGAAGCUAGACUUCUUAGCCACUUGGGUAACCUCCUUUAGGCCGAUUUAAGACCAAAAUCUCAAGUUUUGGAGUAGGGCCGUGAUUCCACCGAUAUUGGUCUCUCCGUCGACCGGAUUAAGUUCCGAGGGUUCGGUUUGCAAUCCUUAGUCGGCUAGUCGAGAGGGUUAGGUUUCCUAGCCUAUCGUUGUCACCCUUAGCCGAAAGGUUAAGUGAGUUAGCUUUCUAACUUGUGGCAACGAUUCUCGAUUAGCUAACUAAGAGAUUUAGGGAUCUCCUUGGUUGAUCGGUGAAGAGGGCUAGGUUCCCUAGCUAUGAAUCACAAUCCUUAACCUAACGGUUAAGGGAGCUAGUUCUCCUAGCUUAUAUUUGUUGAUUUUCCUUCAUUGAUCGACUAAGGGAGUUUGUUCCUAGCUAUUUGCACCCACCUCGCUGUGUAUGAACACAUCCUUCACACUAGAGCUUUGUUUGUCUCUUCUUAGCAUGAGACUAGGGGGAGCAAUACCCGGGUGAAGUCCUCUCGAGUAGAAUUCUCCUCCAUUUACUUUCCUUGCUUGUUUAGUUUGUAGUUUUCUUAGUUUUAAACCCAAAACUGUUUUGCUAGAUAACAACUUAAGCAAUUGAAAUAGGGGUAUAUGGACCGGCCCAGGUUUGACAAUUAAAUACUUGCCCUAUAGAGCACCCAGCUAGAGUUUAAAAACUUGGACUCUAGUCGGAAUAUAAUUCGCGGUGUAGUUUUGAGCGAGUCACUUAAUCAACUUGUUUCAUUCAUGUCCACAGACUAAUGGCCACCUGCUUGUAGGGGUGGGCAACGGGACGAGAUACCCGUCCCGUUUUUAACGGGUACCCAGUCCCAUUUGGAGACCAAAGUCCAUCCCAUAUCCCAAACCCAUAUGGGAAACGGGUACCCAUUACCCGUACGGGACGGAUAAUGGGUACCAAUACUACCCAUAAAUACCCAAAGUUUAAACCACUAAAAUUUUAACAAAAGUUUAAACUUAACUUGUAUUUUCUUAACAAUCACAAGACACAAAAUACAUCCCAAUCACAAAUACUUGGUUUUCAAAUUACACAUUCAUGAACAAUCACAACACAUAGAAAUAAAUCAUUCAAAACACCAAAUUAUCAAAAAAGAAGUUUCAUUCAACACAACCAAAUGGGAGGCAUGCUGCUACUUUCUGAAAGUUGUUGCUGCUGCAGUUCUGCCUUCUCCAGGCUGCUGCUGCUGAUGCCGCUCUCCCUUCUGUAGGCUGUUGCUGUCAUUCUCCCUUCUGCAGCUGCAACUGUCCUUCAAUUGCUUUUGUCCUGCAAAGAAGAAUAAUUAGGAGCAAUAUUGAGAUGAUCCAAGUUCCUUAAUUAAGUACACAAUGAUCCCAGACCGUAAAUGGACACUCGUUGCCUCAUUUCAAACACAUCCCAACUCUCUCUACUAAUUCACCAAACAUGUCAGUGAAAGGGUAAGGGCCCAAAUGGAUUUGAAAUUGAAAGGGUAAGGGCCGAAAUGGCCAAUGGGUUUUGAAUUGGGCUGGGUUGAAUUAAAUUGCUGCAUUUGUAUUGAAUGGGUAUAACGGGUACCCAUAUUACCCAAACGGGUAUCCGCGGGUAACUCGCGGGUACCCAUAUUAGGAAUGUACAAUCCCAAGUCCCAUUCAUUUAUAAUAUUACAGGUAAUAUAGGUACCCGUAACCCUUAAAAAACGGGGCGGGUACGGGUAUACCCAAAUAGCCAUUUCCCGUUGCCCACCCCUACCUGCUUGCUUUCAUUUCCGAUUAAUUUCCUUCUUCAGUUGCUUGACCAGCCUGCUUGGUAGGGAAAUGAAGUGGAUGCGGUGGAAUUGUAUCGAGAUGAUCCGAUCUUGAUGAUUAUUUUUUUUGACAAUAUCCGAUCUUGAUGAUUAGAGUCAUAUGGAUAUGUUUUCUUUUAUAUGAUUUUAAAUAUCCCGAAACACAAACACACACAAGAUCAAGUGUAACAUUAAGAGAAUAGGAAGAAAUAUAUUAAUGACAAGCAUAAAUUGCAUGAAAAUGUGGGUAUAAAAUUGUAUAAACUCCGUGUUAUCACCCAAUUGAAGUUGUACCAUGUUUUAAAAUAUUGGUGGUUUAGUUUUUGUCUUUAUGGUACAACUUGGAGUUGUACAUUUAAUGUUAUGCUACAACCUGAAGUUGUACAUAUACUCUUUUGUACAAAUCUUUUAUAGUACAAAUUAAAGUUGCACAUCUAUGUUAUGAUAUAAAUUGAAGUUGUACCAUAACAUACAACUUGAUGAUGUUGUACAUUAACAUAAAAGUUCAAAUUUUCUUAUGGUACAACUACAAUUUGUAUCUAACAUUAUACAAAUUGAAGUUAUAUCAUAAUAUAAACUUGAUGUUGUACAUUAACAUAAAGGUGCAAAUUUUCUUAUGGUACAACUUUAAUUUGUAUCUUUAACGUUAUAGUACAAGUUUAAGUUGUACUUUAAAAUACCAAUACCUUAAAGUAUAGUAGAAGUGCUCGUCUAGCUAAGCAAUCUGCAAUGAACCCUCCACUAUGGACGGCUCGAAGAUCCAUGACUUAAGUUCUAAAAAGGGUUGGUCAAAAGGGGUACGUAUAACGUAUUAAGUUUAUGUAACUCUAUUCGGUGUAAUAAUAAUCAUGGGGCAAAAGAAGGGGAGUUACUAAUUAACGCUCUAGGUUUUUAAAAUUUAUCGCCCUAAUUUUUCAAUUUGACAUUUUUGUCCCAUUUUUUAUUCCCAGUCUCUAACAAACCUUCUCCCUAGAAUUAUUCCCCGUAGUCGUCUUUCCCAUGGGAGUCUUCACCGUCGCCGCCGCAACUUCCUUCCGCUACGCCGCUCGACCUAGGGAUUCCUCACGGCGGUAGGGAGUGCUACUCGGUCUGCCUCGUCGUCACCGCCAUCGCCCUAAUCCCAUCCCCAAAUUCCACCCGACCUGCGACCCACCUUCCUCGACUGUGCAGAACCCAACAGAACCGGCGGGGUGGUUCCUUCUUCCUCCUCCGAAAACCAUCGAUCGGCAGACGAUUAAUCCCGGCGGAGCAGAACCCAACAGUAGCAGAGGUGGCCUGCGUGGUAAGAUUCCUUUGUCUCUUCUACGUCCUCGAUCGACACAGCGCCAGACCUGGCGACGGAGAUGGGACGCAGCAGAGCAGCCGCGCGACGAGCAGAUUGAGGGUGAUGGAUUGGGGGCGUGGGUGAAGAAUCCGCUGGUGUCUUCAUGAGCUACCGGCGACGAACAAAGAAAAACAUAUCCUUCCGCCGGCGAUGAACAAAGCAAAACUAGGGAUUAGGGAUUGGGGGUGACUGUUAUUAAAAAUUGGGGUAAUAUCGUCUAAUUGGUUAAUUUAGGUCAAAAAUUUUAAAAUAUUAGGGCGUUAAAUAGGAAUCCAGAAAAGAAGAGGGGAUAGUCUUACUAGCAUUAAAAAAAAUUGGUCAAAAUUUGUGACAGUUAGCUUUCAAAAUCGGUGAUAAUAGUCAAAAUAUUGGCUAAAAUAUGUGAUGAAUAGUUUUCAAAAUUGAUUAAUAAUAGCAUUCCAAAGAAUAGGUUGAAAUUUGUGAUGGGUAUACUUCAAACUAGCGAUGGAUAGAUUUAAAAGCUCGUGAAAAUAGCAUUAAGAAAAAUUGGACAAAAUCUGAAAUGGAUAGUCUUCAAAAUCUUUGAAUAAUAACAUUUCCAAAAAUUGGUCAAAAUCUGAGAAUGAUGGUCUUAAAAAUCAGUGAAAAUAGCCUUAAAAAACACGUCAAAAUAUGUUAUGGAUAGCCUUCAAAAUCAGUACACAAUGGAAUUAAAAAAAUCAGCUAAAAUUUGUGAUGGAUAGCCUUCAAAAUAGGUUAAUAAUAGCAUUUAAAAAAUCCAAAAAACUCUAUGAUGGAUUGCUUUCAAAUUCCGUGAAAACAACAUUCCCAUAAAUCUGUCAAACUAUGUGAUGGGUAGCUUUACAAAUCGGCGGAAAUAACAUUCAAAAGAAUCGAUCAAAAUACGUGACAAGUAGCCUUCAAAAUCAGUGAAAAUAGUAUUCAAAAGAAACAACUAAAAUCUCUUAUGGAUAGCCUUCAAAAUCAGUGAAUAAUAUCAUUCAAAAGAAUCGGCCAAAUUUUGUGAUGGAUAGCCUUCAAAAUCGGUGAAAAAUAGCAUCCUAAAAAUCAGACCAAAAUCUGUGAUGGAUAGCCUUCAAAAUCAUUGAAUAAUAGCAUUCCCAAAAAUUGACCCUAAUGAGUGAUGUGUCCCUCCAAAAUUGGCGAAUAAUAGCAUUCAAAAAAAUUGGAAAAAAUCUAAGAUGAAUAGUGAUAUGAUCCUAUUUAGCCUCUUGUUGAAGCUCGAAUUGAAUUCCAAAGGAUCCAUUAACGUUAGAUGGAAGAAAGGUCGAAUUUGGCUAAGUAUACGAACUGUAUCAUGGUGCUUACUUUACAUAUUCGUAUCUUACGUUUUGAUCGAUGGAAAUGCACAAGGAAGGAGUGGAAGUGAAGUUCAAGUGUUUAUUUACAAUGUCGAAUGGUUGGAUGCACGAAUUAGGGAUCCUAGGUACUUUAUCAAGAAGCCUCAAGUUGCUAUGGCAAACUAGGAACUGUCUGUUUUAUUGGCCAAGUCUGGAACUGGUGUGAGAUACCAUCUUUGGAGGCUUAAUAAAUGCAACUGGGGCAUCGUCGAUGGAAAAGGAGAGUUGGAACUUAAGCUAUGGGAUCAGGAGAGUAAACGAAUGAAGCCAGUUUGGGUCGUUGAUCCUUGGAAGGCCAUGAACGAGGGCUUCAAAGAUGCUAGGGAGGUCGACAUGAUUGCUUGCGCAGGAAGGCAGAAGCUUGUGUGGGAAGAACGUGGUUUUUGUUUCCUUUUCAAAGUAGAAUUAUGUUUCCUUGUUAAGUUAGCCUUGGAUCUCGAUUUCCUUGUUUGUUUAGAGUUAGAAUUAGGUUUUGACGUGUUGAUUUAAGGGCUUGAAAGCCUCGUGUACAAGACAGAGAAGAUUGAAUGGAAAAUUGUGACUUUGUCACCAAAUCCUUGUGUGCUGGUUGAGAAUCAGGAACAAGUUUGCUUCGUAUCGAUUGAAACCCCAUCAAUCGUGGCCGAGCUUCAUUCCAAACCAAUCGAGCCUUCUUCCACGUGAAAGAUUGCACCUUUGGGUCCGUUUUUCGUUUUAAGUUUGUUCAAAGUUCAAGCCUUCUUCGAGGGGGAAUUGAGUUGCGCGCUUUGAUCUUAAACAAGCACAACUAUGCUCGUAUGUUGUAUCAAGUAGCCUUCAAAAUCGGUGAAUUAUACCAUACAAAGUAUCGGCCAAAAUCCGUGAUUGAUAAACUUCAAAAUCGGUGAAUAAUAGAAAUAAGUCAAAAUUUGUGAUGUAUGCCUCAAAAAUCAAAAUCGGUGAAAAAUAGCAUUUCCAAAAAUUGACCAAAAUUUGUGAUGAAUAGUCGGUGAAUAAUAGCCUUCCAAUAAUUGACCAACGGUGAUGUAUCCCUCCAAAAUUGGGGAAUAUAACUGCCCAACUCCCACCUUCUUCUCUGUCUCAUUUGUAGUAACUGAUGGAAAACUGGCAAAUACAGCAUUGAAUUCAUCUGUUAAACAGUAGUAUUGAAGAAAACUGAAACAAAGGAAAAGAGACAAAGUAAAUUGAGCUUUUUUUACGUUCUCUUUGUUUCAUGUCUUGUGUUGUAGCUUAGUUUUUGCUCCUGAUCAAUCGCUCCAUUUCUUCCUUUUCCUCAGUCACAAAAGUUGAGGGAAAGAAUAGCGAUUUCCAGUCGCUGAGAAGAACUGGUUUUUGACGAGAUCACCGAAUUCCAUUAAUUUGCUUGUAAGGAGAUGAGGGGCUGGUACUGGAAACGUGGGUUCCUCUUGUUUUUGAUGAGCCUCUUUGUGGUUUCCCACUCCUCUGCUUCCACUUACCUUUCAGAUGGUGUCUUUGUAUCUCAUGCUGGCAAUAGGAAUCUUCUCCAAGCCAAAAAAGCCUGUCCAGCAAACUUCGAGUACAUGAACUACACGGACAUCACGAGCCGAUGCAGAGGACCAGAGUACCAACCCGAGGAAUGCUGCCCUGCGUUCAAGGACUUUGCGUGCCCUUAUGCAGAAUUGCUGAACGAGGUGUCCAACGAUUGCGCAUCCAUCAUGUUCAGCUACAUCAACAUCUAUGGUCUAUAUCCGCCGGGACUUUUCGCCAAUGAAUGUAGAGAAGGCAAAAAAGGCCUUUCUUGCCCUUCACCUUCUUCUUCUUCCUCUUAUUCUCAACAUCUUGUGGCCAAGUAUCGAGGAAGUGAUAAUCGUGUUUUACAUAUAAUGCUCGCAAUGGGAUUGCUCGUUGUGUUGUUUUAGUUGGUCUUGAAUCGUGAAAUUGGAAAUAUGAGUAAAACGUUCUUUAAUUC